AUGCCUGUCGUCAAAUAUCAAUAUGUUUACCAGCAAUUAACAAAUCAUACAUUAGUUGCUAAAAAUUUUUAUUCGUAUUUCGGUUUUACUUCCUUAUCAGACGGCAUAGAUGCACUUCGAAAAUUGUUAGAAUCAUUACGUGACGAUACUAAAUUUGGUGACAAUGUUAAGAGAUAUUUGAAGCGAAAUGAUUUUUUUACGAACGAUAGGGUAGAACCUUAUUUUGCGAGAAAAGUGAGAAAGGGUAAAGAAAAGAUAGCUACAGAGACAACGUUAAACAUGGCGAACCAAAGACUCAACCUAGCCACUGAAGUCGUUCACAAAAAUGUACUUAAUCAUUUGGGUAAAGAAGCAAAUAAUUUAGGAGAAAAUGAAAACGACGAACAAAAGGAAGCUAAAUCAAGUACACAUCUUGUCGAAGACUAUAAUAACAGCAAUACGCAAACCAAAGAUUUCCAUAGAAUCGGUAUAAUUAAACGUGGCCAUUUUAACUUUUCAGAUACAGACUGUACAUCACAAAUAAGUGAUGACCAUUGGGACAAGAUCAUAAUCCCAUUUUUAACAAAACAUAAAUUGAAAAAUGCGUUUUCAACGGAAGAUGACGAACAAAUGCUAAUAAAUAUGUUCGGAGAAGAGAACAAAAAGAAGCUCUUAGAACCAGGCAAUCUGAAUUUGAUAUACAGCUUGACCGAUAUCGAAGAGGAUGCCAUAAAAGUUCUUGAAAUUGUGAGUCGAAUACGAUUAGUUUUGUAUCUUAAAGAAUUUUCUGUUUGCCAGACCUUGACAUCGCUGGAGAAAAAAUGGCCAACAUCUCUUCCUUCUGAUCUAUUGGACAAGCGAUUGCGAGAUAUUUUAUGGGCUUCUGAGCUUAUAAAAUGGGUGAUCAUGCAAUGGCAGGAUGGUACUUUUCUAAAAGAAAUGAAAGAGCAAUGGAUCAAAACACAGUUAGCAUCUCGGCUCCUCGUGCCACUGAGACCAGUAAAACCAGGCGAAAUUGAAUCAAACGCAGAAAAAAUAGUCUCUAACUACAAUAAAGCAUUGAUAUUAUCAAAAAUAAAGUCAAAAACUCGUGUAGAUGGACUUGAUGAUGAUGAAGAAUUUGAGAAUGUUUGGGUUGAACUGAAAGGUGGCUUCGGUAAUUAUCAUGAAGCUGAAAACCAAAACAAUCGUGAGGAUUUAGGCAUAUUGCUUAAAGGAUUCUCAAUAAUGUCCACAAUGCAAGCACUUACGUUGCCAGAAGAUGCCAAGAAGAACAUUGGUGAUCUUGAAUUUUUCGGAAUAAGAGGGAUUGGAAAUCAUUUUCAGUUCUGGGGCAGUUUUCAGGCUUCCCAAUAUCUCAUGUGCUCGUAUCUAUUAGGAGAAUUUCGCUUACCAUCAUUUGAGGGAAGAGAGGGUAGUGGCAUUCAAGAUCUAUUAUAUGCAAUUAAAAUUGUUUACUCAUUCAAGGUAAGGGUGGAAGCCAGUAAAUUAAAGUUUCAUCAGAUCAGAGCUCUAGCAAGAAGUAAAAGAAUUUUUGAAGCUGACUCUUCGCCAAUCAAAGCAAAAAGAGUUAGAGAACAACGAACUUAUCGUUGA